AUGGGGUACCUAGUGACUGUGGAUAUUAAAAACUUGGAGAAUGGAAUGCAGCGUCCUGUAAAGAUCAAGAAGAUUGGAGGAACUAAAUUUUAUGCGUUUAAACCUUUAGGCAGAAACAUAGGGAAUUUUUCAUUUUUUGCAGUGACUCUAAAUGGAGGGGUGAACCUUCAAGCAGAGGAGUCUGAUUCAUCAACUGAUACCUCAACAUCCGAGACCUCGUCUGAUACUGACUCCUCAUCUGUGCUUUCAGAGGCAGUACCCGAUCUGUGGGGCGAAUUGGACCAAUAUUUCCAAGAAGGGUUAUCGCCAUCAUCACAGCCACAGGAUGACGCAACGGGGCAUACCUCAGACGGUCAAAACAUUAUACAUUCUUUAGAGGCUGCCCGGUUAACCGGAAGAGAUCCAGCUGAUGUGAUACCGCAUCAGAAUUUUGAAGAUCAACCGCCAUUUCACCGGGAGUCAAUCUUACCCGCUAAUCAACCGCUGAUGACCGCGGAGAGGCCUCAACCAGCGGACAGGGAUCCAGGAUCCUCAUCGGGUCGCAACCUCAGGAGAACCAGUUUUGAGAUUACAUACCCGAGAUCCCGCGGGGCUUCCAGCGAAGGAUUUCCAUCAGCACGCUCAAACAGACCCAGGUCCAGAACAUCCAGGUGUCAUCGGUGCUGCGGAGCUACACACCAGCAAUUGGAUCUGAUGUCUAGAGCCUUUUGGCUCCUCUGUCAGAAGUUAGGUGUACAAAGUGACAAUUUGUAAACUGUUUCAGUCUGUGAUUUUUAUCAUCUGUAUAAUUGCAAUGAUGCUGAUUUAAGGUUUUUAAAAUCGUUUCAUUUGUAUGAGGUCAUGGAUCAACACACCUUAUUAGCUAUUGAUUUUUUAGAGAGUUUAGCAGACUCAGUAGCACAAAAUCUCCAGAAUGCGUCGGGUUUUCAAAACGAUUUAACUGAAAAUGAUUUGAAUGAAAACGACGCAGCCGCUACAUCUAACAGCUCCGAACAGCCGGUAGAUCCUCUCCUUGCUUUAAAUCAAGCUCUUGCUAACCUUGAAUAGUUAGAGAAUGAAUCAUCACCAAAUGAAACAAUCAGAAUAAAUAAUGUCCAACUCGAACAAAGUCCCACUUUAUCAGACCCUCAGACGCCUCCAAACUACAUCGAUCUCAGCAUACCCAGUCCUCCCGUGCAGCAGGGAGGUGCUCAUAUUUCCCCACAACCACGCGUUGUGCGGCAAAGCCGAUUUGCAAAUGAUCAAAUCAGACAGUUGUUAAACUUUCCACCCCCUCUUAACGCAGAUGGAAUAGUGGAUUACAGCAUUUUUUACAAUACAGCUCUACGGGAUGCCGAUGCGUUACUACAAAAUGCAUUAGCAUACGUGACUCCUUGGGAUGCGGUACAGUUAGAGCUGCGCGGGGAAAAUCUCCCUAGUAACGUCUCGGUCGUCUUAUCUAAUGACGAGCUCCCCAGCCUAGCCGACUUUGAAAGGCUCUUACUCCGUGUUGUGCAGUCUAACUGGGCCGUUAUGGCCGAUGGUCAGCUAGAACUUGUUGUAGAAGUGAUCCAGAACCCUAGGGGUGGGGGGAAACGAGUUCUUGGGAAAAUGCUAGACAGUGAAAUCAUUAAAAAAAAAAGACGUUUUCUGUACAUUGUCCACAACAGAGAGAAUCAACUAUGUUUUGCCAUCUGUCUGGCUCAUCUGUUAGAUCCUGAUAUCAGUGAUAGAGAAGCCCUCGAACGCGGUAGACAGCUUCAAAUUGAUGUAGGGUUAGACGAGCAGACAGCUGUAUCCUUUAGCGACAUCCCUAAAUUUGAAACCGCGUUGGACUGUACAAUUGUAGUGUUUUACAGAACCGAGGAAGACAGAGCUCUCCGCAAAUUCUUGACAAAUAGCCCAAGACGGAGUAAAACCCUGAUUUUGUUUCUCUUCC